AUGGGGAACUCCCCAGACAGCAAGCCGAUAAAGGGGCGAGAGUUCAGCACCUACCGCUACAUCGGAGAACUGAAUAGCCAAGGGGUACCAAACGGAAAGGGACUCAUUCUACACAACUCCGGGGAAGCAUUUUAUGGCUUCUUCUCAAAUGGAAAGAAAUAUGGCAUAGGGAUAUACAUAGAUAAAGAUUUAACAAAAUAUAUUUGCAACUGGGUCAAUGAUAAAGUUGACCGGGAGUUAAAAGUCAAGCCCUUGCAUGCAGAGAAGGUCUUUUCCUUUUUUUAUUCCAAUGGGGUUAUCAAAUCGUGCAGAGUUUAUCGGGUUGGCCCCAAACUUGGGCGUAGUUUGGAUGCAGAACCAAAAGGAGGAACUCCAAGAUGGGGGGAACUCCACAGUCCAGACAUAGACAAUGAACCUGAUCGUGCAGAUGUCUAUACUAUCGAGGGUGGUGAUAAAGGAUGUGCCUCCAUCUUACCAGUGAGCAAGCCGAGUUAUGUUUUGCCAUUUGGGAGGAUCCAACAGGGCACAGCUGCAAGUCGACAAAGUGGUCAUCGCGAAGAUGCCAUAGAAAGCUCGCGGAUGGGGCAACUCCAAAUCUCCAUGGAAGACUCGCACGACGAAGCAAACAUCCCAGUGAAUGAACUAACCAAAAAAAGAAGUGACAAACAGUUAAAGGAAGGCGGUACCUGGAAGGACAUAUUCUGCACGUCUUCUGAUUCAUGUAGUCAUUUUAUCCGCCCCCAUUUUGUAAAGUUGGGAAAGAAAAAAAAAUGCUACAGAGACACACAUCAGUCUGGCACCACUCGAAAGGACCUAACGAUUAUCACCCAUACAUCAACAAAAAAAGAUGAAAGAAAAACAAAACAUAUGAUUAAACGAUUAAGCAAAGAGAAUAGCAGUAGUCUUAAGAUAGACCAAUAUGAAUCAUGGUCCAGGAAGGAAGUCGCUCAGUGGCUGUCUCUAUGCAAUGCCCCCAUCAAAUGGAUCACUGCUUUUUACAGAAAUAACGUCACAGGGGAUAGGCUUGACAGGAUAAACAUAGAAAUCAUUAGGAACCAGCUGGGGAUACUCCCAUAUGGACAUGCAAUCAAACUGCUGCAGUUAAUUAAAAACUUACGAAGUCAUCAAACCCAUCAGAGCAAGCAUAAGCUCACACUUGGGGAACCCCCCACCAGUAGUGCCCCCCCUGAAAAAGAGGCAGAAGCCGUGUUCACCAAAAAAAUGCUCCACAAUGGAAAUGCAAUAAACCAAGAAAAGGACCCCAACUCGUGCACCUCGACGACGUCGACCACGUCGACAACGUCUUUCAAUUCCCCCCGUACUUUGAAGGAGGAGGCCUACGGGAAGAGGGAGGAACUAGGAGAAGAGGACGCAGAGGAGGAACAUCAUCAUCAGCAGCAGAAGCGGCACCAUGUGGGUGAGACGAGCGCCCCCAACGAACCCCCAGAACCGCAAACACCAAACGACACGCAGAAGGAUACCAAUAAGAAAAGACGGAAAGAUAAAAAAAAACAAAAAGAACAAUUCAUUCGCAGCUUCCAUAAAAAUUUUUCGCUAAUAAAUGAUUUUGGAGAUACAUUCAAUGGGGGUAGCUCGAGGGCCUAUUCCGGGGCAGAGGGAAAGAACCUUGCCGUAUCCGAUGCCCCAAAGGAGGUCCCGUAUGGUUCCUGCUCCUUGUCAUCCUUUUCUGUUACGAGUCCGUCUGCCCAAUCGAGUCACCCCGAUUUUUCGUCUGAAGGAUCCAUCGAAACCGACGCGUGUCACGUGUCAACUUGCGAAGGAGAGUCCAAAGGGGGGGAUAACUGGAUUAUCGCGUCCUCCCGAAAGUUAGAAUUUUCCUAUACCUCAACUUCCUCCUCUUCCGCGUCCACUUCCCUCGACACUUCCCCCCAUGCUUCCACCUCCUCCGUGUCCUCCUCUUCGUACUGCUCGAACAAGAUGGAUGACGCCCCCUUUUAUGGCCGAAGCCAAAUAAUAAAAUACCCCAGCAACAUAUACCUGAACAACAACUUGGCCUUCUCCUACCUCUACAGCUUUAUAAUACCACACGAAGAUUUAACCUUCCUGCAUCUGAUUCGGAACCAUUAUGAGGUUAGAAGUGGAAGAUGCAAGAAUGUCAGGCAGGGCCAGGGGCAGAUGCAGGGGCAGAAUCUCCUGGCAACGAAUAGCAACCCGAACAAACUUAAAAGCAUGAAGGGCGAUUUAAAAAACGGGAAAACUAUGCAGAGUAGAACCUUUAGGGGCAAGUACUUAGGCAAGGACGUAGCCAUUAAAGUGCUAGUAGGAAGAGUAAAAGAUUUUUUUCAAAUUCACAAAAUUUUUUACAAACUACACCUAUUUGGACAUGGAAACAUUGCUUUAAUGAUGGGAGUGUCCAUUCGAUACCCGUUCGUUUUUAUCAUUUAUGAGUUCUUAAAGAACGGCUGUCUAUUUUCCUAUCUUCAUUGUGCUGGUGGUUAUGUGAAGGACGUGUCGGUGAGGCAGCACGGGGGUGGAGUGAUAGCAGCGCAGGCAAAUGCGAGCAGCAUCAGCAGGGGUGGAGGCAUAUCCGCUCAGAGCCCCGCGGACAACAGUUCCACCUGCGAUAGCUCCCCAGGGUACACCUACCCGAGUGAAAACCCUACGUUCGAAUCAUACAGUGGAAGAAUUACCACUCGGAUGAGAAACAAAUAUAACUCAUUCAAAUCGGAAAAUGACCUAUUCUGUGGUGUCUUCGCACAGGCGAAUGGCGGUCCUACUUCGGGGAGAAGCCGCUCAAUAGCUGCAAACAAUCUUAACUCAUCAGUGAAGAGCCCCUCCAAGGAAAGGAACAUAAACCAGAGCAAAACAAAGGCACACAUCGAAGAAAUAAAUAAAAAAAACGGAAACAAAAAGAAAAAGUUACACACCAAAUUAUUUUUACAAGAUCAAAUUGGACUGCACGAGCCGUACGCGUUUCCCCCGUUUGAGAAAGAGCUCUGUUUGUAUAUAAAAAGACAGAAGAAGAAAAAAAAAAAAAAAAUAUUAUUUAGUUACCCUCAAGCGAAGCUUCAUUUUAACCUGCCCCAGAGCGCCCUCAAAGCGGACAGACGACUAAGUAUCCAACGGAUAUUGAAAAUAACAACCGACGUCACCCUCGCGUGUUCCUACUUGGAAAAGCACCUGAGUCACCACCUGAACCUCAAGCCAACGAACAUCCUCCUGGACGAAGCGCUGAACGCAAAAAUCACCGACUUUGGAAUCUGCGAAAUUGAAAAGUGCCUCGACACGAAUGUCGAUCACUCGUAUGUUGUGCACCCCAACGGCGUAACCACAUUCGAUGCUGUGUUAGCAGACAGGAAAGUACAGAGGAUGGAAUUUUCUAGGAACGACCUCAGCGAUGUUCUGCGUGUUUAUGAUGAUGAGGAUCAGCUGCACCUGUAUAGUAUCGAACGAAUAGUUGCUUCACCGAGCAGUGCUUACCCCUCCGUUUCGUUCUGGACCCCUCCGGAGAUUUUGAGAGGCCAGAGGGGAAGGCCCUUUUACACAGAUGUCUACGCGCUGGGAAUUGUGCUCUGGGAAAUGUUAACCCACAGUGUCCCUUUUAACUACCCAUUCAAGUCCCACCUGGUGGCCUCCGUCGGAUAUGCGAAAGAAGAACUCACCUACGAUAACAUCCCAGAGCCUAUUCAAGGGCUGAUAAAAUCCUGUGUCCACAGAAACAUGUACAGAAGACCCACCUUUGGACACAUCCUAGCGGAGCUAUCCCGGCUAUAUGAAAAAGCAAAUACAAAAGCUGAGGAUGCUCUCAUGUCCUUCAUGGAUGGAGCAUAA